AUGUGUAAACACAUCCUCAACGCCCAAGUGGCCAUUCGUUCGGCAUGCUGCCGGAAGUGGUUCGACUGCGCCGAAUGCCACCAUGAACAAGAAUCCCAUGCCCUCAUGAAGACCACCGAAAUGAUUUUCGCCUGUAAAAAGUGCAAGAAGUGUUUCCGGAAGGACUCGACAGAAUUCGAAGAGAGCGACGAAUAUUGCCCGCAUUGCGAUAACCACUUCGUGCUGGAGGCCGUCACACCCAAGCCCGCAUUGCAGGUAGAGGGUGAGGAUGCUCGUGUUGACAGCAGAAUGCUCAAGGAUGACCGAGUGCGCGGUCACCAGGAGCGGUCGAUCUUCAACGUCAGGGAUGCCGAAGAUCGUCUGGGAUAA